AUGACGCUCGCCGAAACCGUGAAGGACGCCGUCCAUGACCUCAAGGAGGCAGUCGUAGGAACCCAGUUAUCCAACAAGGAAAUGGCAGAUGCACGGUUGCCGAUUGCGUAUAGAGACAAGUGCGCGCACUUGCUCGUUCCGCUGAACCGGUGUCGCUACGAUACAUACUACAUGCCAUGGAAGUGCGAGGAUGAGAGACAUUCCUACGAGAAGUGCCAGUACAUCGAGUUCAAGCGACGAGUCGCGAAGAUGGAUGAGUUGAAGGCCGAGAAGGGUGGAAGAAGCGGACUGAACUGA